AAUAUUUCAGUCAACGACGAUUGGUAGUCAUUGCGCAACGGACUUUACUGUUAGUCAGUCGUGUGGAAUCGAGAUCCCAAAAAUACGAGAAUGGAACGCUGGGCAGGAAAGGUGGCAGUAGUGACUGGUGCGAGCUCUGGAAUCGGUGCUGCCAUAGCCAAAGCCCUAGCUAAUGCAGGGAUGGUUGUUAUCGGCUUAGCUCGGCGCGUGGAGCGGGUGGAGGAACUGAAGAAAGACUUACCGGCAUCGGUAAAAGGAUCACUACACGCCGCAAAAUGUGAUGUAUCCAAGGAAGAAGACAUACUGAAAACUUUUGCAUGGAUUGAAAAGAAAUUUGGAGGCGUUGAUGUUUUGAUUAACAAUGCAGGAAUUCUGCGUGAUACCACCCUAGCCGAAGCGGACACCCAAAAAAUUCGAGAAGUAUUGGACACAAACGUUAUGGGACUGGUAAUAUGCAGCCGGGAGGCCUACCAAUCGAUGAAGAAACGUUCUGUAGAUGGUCACAUCAUCCACAUUAACAGUGUAGCAGGCCAUAUGGUGCCAAACUUUCCACGUUUAAACAUUUAUCCAGCGUCCAAACAUGCCGUCACAGCUAUUACCGAAACCAUGAGGCAGGAGCUCAGAACUGAGGGAACAAAAAUAAAAGUCACGAGUAUUAGUCCGGGUGGUGUGAGAACUGAAAUCUUGCCCGAAGCGGCGUUGACAAUGGAGAUGCCUUUACUCGAAUCCGAAGAUAUUGCAGAAGCGGUUCUAUAUGUAAUUGGAACUCCACCGCAUGUACAAGUUCACGAGCUAACUAUUAAACCGAUAGGAGAAAUAUUUUAAUCAUCCAUUUCUGUUAUCCCAUAAUGAUUACUUGUAGUUGUUUUUUUUUAAUUUUAGUAAUAAAAUUUAAAGAUUUUA